AUGGAAGACAGUGAGAUUGUUCCAGAGAUAGAAAUAAAUGAGUUAAUUCCGUGUUUGUGUUCGAAGAGAUGGGUCCUGGCUUAUGUUGCGUUUGUUGGCUUUAUCUGCCUGUAUGCUGUUCGAGUCAAUAUGAGCGUGGCCAUCGUGUGCAUGGUGCGGCUGGACAACAGCACCUCCAACACCACCGAGCAGGACCUGCAUCCUACCUGCACUGAUGACCAAGACACUCAACAAAACAAUAAUCGUGGCGAGUUUGACUGGAACAAGUCGACCCAGUCUCAAAUCCUGGCCUCAUUCUUUUACGGGUAUUUCGUGAUGCAGAUUCCGGGCGGCUGGCUGUCGGGUCGGUAUGGCGCCAAGAGAGUUAUUGGAGUGGGUCUCUUCAUAUCUGCUCUGGCCACCGUCUUAAUGCCAGUGUGUGCCAGAACCCGCACAGAACUCGUGUACGUGCUUCGGGUCAUCCUGGGAAUUUCAUCUAGCGUGAUGUUCCCCGCCAUGCAGGCCAUGUGGGGGAGGUGGGCGCCUCCCUUGGAAAGAAGCAAAUUGGUGGGGUUGUGUUAUGCAGGGGCGUUUCUCGGCAACAUCAUCACGUUUAGUGGUUCUGGGCUGCUGUGUGCUAACGGAUUUGAUAAUGGUUGGGGAUCCAUUUUUUAUAUCACAGGUGGCGGCACUUUCCUCUGGUUGUGUAUGUGGGUUGUUGUGGUGUCGGACAGCCCUAGAAAACAUAGUACAAUAUCAGAGGCAGAGAGGAAGUACAUUGUAGAGAGUAUUGGGACCUUGACAGACGAGGUGAAGUACACACCGUGGUUGGAGAUCUUCAAAUCUCGCGCGGUACUGGUGUGUUUUAUUGCACACCUGUGUAAUAACUGGAUGCACUAUACGCUGAUCACAGGCCUGCCCACGUUCAUGAACGAAGUCUUAAAGUUUGACAUCAAGAAGAAUGGCGUUCUUUCCGCUGUACCAUACACGGCAAUGCUAGUGACGUCAAUUAGUGGAGGUCAGCUGGCCGAUUUUCUUCGAAAACGAUUCAUAAGUACACAGAAUGCGAGAAGAUUGUUCCAGGCAACUUCAUUUCUAGGCAGUGCGGCCUGUUUGGUAUCAGUUGGAUUUGUGCCCUGUGAACAGCGGAUGCUGGCCGUGGCACUACUCACUAUCGCCGUGGCGUUCGAGGGCCUUUGUAACUCGGGGUACAUGGUGAACACUGUGGAUUUUGCACCCAGGUACGCUGGCGUUCUCUUUGGAAUCAACAACACAAUCGCCACAAUACCAGGAAUGUUGGCACCGCUGGCUAUUGGUGGACUGACUCCACACAAAAGUCAAGAAGAAUGGCGAAACGUGAUGUAUUUGGCAGCUGGGUUUUGUGUGUUUGGCGCUAUAGUGUUUGGGUUUUUCGUCAAAACGGACGAGGAACCGUGGGCAAUAGAGAAGUCGAUGAACACCGAGUUUGAAGUUUCUCCAACACAAACAGACUCACGCGGGAACAAAGGACAGAUUAAUCACACGUUCCAACUUAACACUGACCACGUUAACACAAAGAUGUGAAUUCAUUAACAAUUGCAAUGGAAUCUAAUAAACACUAUAGCAGUAAGGGAUAUUUUAUAAGGCAUUUUACCCCA